GCGGAAAAGGCGCGCUACGAGGAGACCUUGGCACGCCAGAAAGAGGCCAUGAAGGAGAUGCAGACAAAGCUGCAGGAGAUGAUGCAGCACAGUAAGGACUCAGGCGCGGAGGCCGUGGUGCAGAAGCUCAUGAAGAAGGCUGGUAUCUCGGACGAGGUCGUGAUCUCCACGGAGCAG